AUGCAGAUGAAUCUCCUCAGCAACAAGUUCCAGUUGCAGCGGGCUCGUCGGUGGUUGGUGCGGGAGCACAGGCUCAAGCUGACCAGCCAGAUCAAACAGGUAAACCAAACUAGCAGACAUGUCACAUGUGCCCCAACUCCAGUGGUGGUGGACAUGGAGUGGAGUCCGCUGAAGGGCCAGGCAGAAAUGCAGUGGAGCCCCGACAACCUAUCAGGGUGGGAAGCUAAGGAGGCGAACCUGCAUGCAGCAGACAGCGUGCUGAGUCCCUACAAGCACGUAUUUAAUGACAAGAGCGAACUGGAGCUGGAAAAGAACAUCGCAAAUGCCAUUCUCAGACGCCAUAUCCUGAUUGGCCUCAGCCAGGACACCACCUGGGAGACAUCAGUUAAGAUCCUCCUCAAGGAUGGGGUGAACAUCCAUCCGGCCGCUGUCAAGGCCUUUGGUCCUAAGCAGCCUAUUGGCCCUGUCAGCAACAGUGCAGCAGCCGUGGCGGAUGCUGUCAUCGAAGCCACUAGCCCAGAGGGUGGUGCUUACAAGGGCAUCACCACGGACAACAGGCCACAGUGGAUGCUGCAGCCCUGGGCCACGGAUGCAGGUGGCGGGAGAAGUCCACAGCAGCCCUGA